AUGCGAAACUCGCAGCUCCUCACGCUGCCUGUUGCUGACGCUGCUGAUGCUACUCCUACUGCUGCUACUGCUGCUGCUGCUGCUGCUGCAGCUGAGGCUGUAGAGCCCUCAGUGGUGCUCCCGCAUGAUCCCAGACAGACCGACCACAGCAGGUCGCACUUCUUCCUCCUCCGCCGCUCCGACCAACUGCGGAACUCCGAGCUCCUUGCCGUGCCUGCUUCAGAAGAUGCUGAUGUGGAGGGAUCUCAGCCGUUGGUGCUGCUGCCGCAUGACCCCAGUGUGAAGCUCCAAUCAGUGACAGCCUUCAAGCGCCACGUGGUCGUGUUUGAGAGGGUGAAGGGGCUCCAACGGAUCAGAUCCAUCCCCUUGCGAUCCGACGGCUCUCCUGCACCUGAAGCUGCCAAACUGGUGGAAUUCGAUGAAGCAUCAUACGAGAUCCGGGCCCUAAGAAGCCGGUUUGACCCACCUCGCAACGUGUUACCUCAUACUCCUUCCACCACCCCGUCUCCUUGCUUUGCCUUCAACAGGGUGGAAUUCGACGAAGCAGCAUACGAGAUCCGAGUCCUCAGAAGCCGCUUCGAAUCGCCCCUCCUCCGCUACUCUUUCUCCUCCCUCGUCACCCCCACCACUGUGUUCGAGCGAGACAUGGACACAGACAGGCAGGCUGCUAGGAAAGUCGACUGGUCGCCCCUCCUCCGCUUCUCCUUCUCCUCCCUUGUCACCACCACCACUGUGUUCGAGCGAGACAUGGACACAGACAGGCAGGCUGCGAGGAAAGUCGACUGGCUUGGGCCAUCUUUUGACCCCUCGCUCUACUCCUCCCGCCGUCUCUUUGCCACAGCAGCAGACGGCACACAAGUCAGUCCGUCGUUCGACCCCUCGCUCUACUCCUCUCGCCGUCACUUCGCCACGGCAGCAGAUGGCACACAAGUUGGUCCAUCCUUUGACCCCUCGCUCUACUCCUCCCGCCGUCUCUUCGCCACCGCAAAAGAUGGCACACAAGUGUCCAUAUCGCUCGUCCAUCGCAACACCCCUGCCAAUGUUGCCGGCGCUCCCAGCGUUUCUACUGAUGCUGCUGCCUGCAGUGGGCCCCCUUGGCCCAUGCUGCUCUACGCCUACGGUGCUUAUGAGGUGCCCUCGCGCCUCUCUUUCUCCCCCGACCGUCUCUCCCUACUCGACCGAGGGAUGGCGGUGGCUGUAGCGCAUGUGAGGGGAGGAGGGGACUGGGACUAUCAGUGGUACCUAGACGGGAAGCUUCUGAGAAAGCGCAACACGGUGUGGGAUGUGAUUGCGUGUGCCGAGCACCUGAUCAAGGAAGGGUGA